ACGGAAUGUUUCUUGUCUAGUUUGUCUAUCACUCAAAAAUCACAAAAAGCGUGAUUUGAAGGAAUUUUAGUGAACAAAAUAAAAUAUUUUACUCGUGUAACUCGAAAAGCACCGCCAAUAGGGCACCAGCUCCGUAUUUUUUCAGUUACAAAGUGUUAGAUAUUUAAAAGGCAUGAUGGUGGAAGGCUCUGCAUUUACCCGAACCGAUGUGUUCCAAAUGGCAAUACGGGUCUGCUUCGUGUCUGCCGUCACUUAUUUCUCUAUCAAAUGGCUAGUCAACCAGAUAGACCCGACGUCCAAGAGCCGGAAGAAGGCUGAGGAGCGUGCACGGGAACAGUUACGCAAGGUGUCUUCCAGAGCGGGGCUCGGCAGCAAGCACGCACUCCAGUUGGACAAGCUCAGCGACCACGAGAUGAUCAUCGCCUCGCAACUGGUGGUUCCUGAUGAGAUUAAUGUGAACUGGAAGGAUAUCGCGGGCCUGGACGUCCUGAUCCAAGAGCUCCGGGAGACUGUGAUCCUGCCCAUUCAGAAGCGAGAUCUGUUCGCUGACAGCCGCCUCACGCAGCCCCCUAAGGGGGUACUGCUCCAUGGACCACCAGGAUGCGGCAAGACCCUUAUAGCCAAAGCCACGGCAAAGGAGGCCAACAUGAGUUUCAUCAACCUCGACGUGUCGCUGCUAACCGACAAGUGGUACGGCGAGACGCAGAAACUGGCCGCCGCCGUCUUCAGCCUUGCCGUCAAACUGCAACCUUGCAUCGUCUUUAUAGAUGAGAUAGAGUCGUUCCUCCGUACUCGCACGCAGCACGACCACGAGGCGACGGCCAUGAUGAAAACCCAGUUCAUGUCGCUCUGGGACGGACUUAUCACUGACAACAACUGCACUGUCAUCAUCAUGGGGGCGACCAACCGACCACAGGAUUUAGACAAGGCCAUUCAGCGUCGCAUGCCGGCUGCCUUCCACGUGCCAAUGCCGAAUGAAUCCCAGCGGGAGACGAUCCUCAAGUUGAUCCUUCGAGAUGAACCAGUGGCGCCCUCUAUCGACUUCCGCCGCCUAGCUGCAGCGACGGAAGGUUUCUCCGGCUCCGACCUCCAUGAGCUGUGUCGUCAGGCCGCCGUCUAUAGAGUCCGGGAUCUAGCCAGAGAAGAGAUGGCGAAGGAUGAAGCUGAGAAAUCCGGCAAAGGCGAGGAAGACUCGGACUCUGAAUACCACGACGCAAUUCGGCCGAUCACCAUGGAGGACCUGCGCCUCUCCCUCGCCAAGCUCAAGGAGGCCAAGAUCCAGUGCGGCGCGCUGCCGCCUACUAUGCGGAUAGAGCUGGACUAGAACUCGACUCGCACUGUAUUUUGCUGGCUGCUGUCAACUGUGAAUAUUAGAUUAGACAUAGAGGCUUCUAACUGUGAAGUUAACUUGAACGGAGUGAGUUUUGUUAACAGGUAUUUAUGUAGUUAUACUAACACAAUCCUGAAGCCAUAUUUUUAAUAACAGCGUCAUGUGUUAAUGAUGGGAGAGUUUUUAUCACUUACCACCAUGGAUAAAAUGAUCUAGUGCCGAUAAGAUUUGUCAAGGUCAUAAAUGUUUACAUUUUCUUAAUCCAGUGAAAUAUGAGAAGACCGUGACUGUAAGCACUUGAGUGAUAUCGUUUUUUAUCCACAGCGAUAAGUUAUUAGCCACGCAGUGUGAGAAAUCAUGAGUUAAAUAUGGCAAUGAUGGGGACAACUUGAAAGGAAUGUUAAUAUAAGUCCGAAUAAUAUCGAAAAAUAACUAUUGUCAUGAUUUUUAUCAUUUGAACUUGACUGUAAAGCACAUAAAGUAAGUUAUAUUAUAUAAUAUUAUGUGCUUCAAUGACGAUUAUGUGGUUAUAAAAAGUUGCUAACGUAGUAGGAUUUGUAGACAUUUUGUAGUGACGUCAUAAACAUGUGUUUUUAUACCCCCAAUACACUAAGGGCAAGCUCAAGAUUGCCCAAAACACAGCUUUAUUCGCAGGACGUUCAUAUUUGUGAGUAGUGUUGUCGUUAUAUUUCCGAUAUGUUGUGAACUAAUAAAAUUAAAAGUCAAUAGCAGAUAAAAUAGUUCAUAUUACAAAAUAGAAGUGUCAUUUUGACAUAAUUUGUGUAUUGAAAGCUGUAUGUAUCAGUGAUAAUACUGACAAUUAUGAAUAUUAUUAGUUCAGAAAAAAAAACUUGGUAGCAUAGAUAUAAUAGUGGCUUGGCGUCUAUUUACAAGACUUUAGGCAUCAUGUAUUCAUUUUAUAAUGAAUAUUACAGUAUCUCUAUGAUUGUCUUUAGCAAUAGUGUGAGCUAUUUGGCGAUUUUUGUGCAAUAAUAUUUAGCAAUAUCAAAGUUGUAGCUUUUUGUAAUGAUAAUUGUUAGGUCUUUGGACGCCAAGCCAUUAUUCAUUGGAAUUUUGGUGAUUUUAAAAAGUUACCAGUGAUUAACCAUAGAUAUUAUGUAGAUAAAUAAAUAACACCCUUUUGAAUAAACUUUCAUAAGGUAAUUUUAACGACGAUGAAUCUUGUGAAAGUUUUUGUAACUGGGUUACCGUCGCGCCAUUUGAUGCUAUUCUAGUUCAGUGUAGUUCAGACCACAUUAGGUAGUUAGUUCAUUUCAGAGCAUUACUUAAAAUUGCUCCUUUCUUGAAUUGUGAAAUAUCCAGUGAAUUUUAUGUUAUUUCUUCUCAAAAUCACAGGCUGUUUCGAUCCUAAUAGCAAAAAAUAAUGUCCCAAUAUUUAUUUCAUAUAGUGUUACCAUAAUUCCAUACAGUUUGUAUGGCGGUAACACAAAGGAAAGUUUUAAUAUGAACAAUUUGGGAUCCUUUUUGUUCCUUAUGGGAUGGAAAAAGCUAUAAAUAAGAUAGGUGACUUUUUUGAAAAAUGCUCUAUAUUCUAAAAUGUGCUAGCACUACAGCAUAAUAUUUUGGACCUUAUCAUCUUAUAUUUAAAGUAGAAAUUCAAUUGAAAGCCAAGUCAGCUUUUACACUUUUGUAUAUACGCUUCCAGCAAUAAUUUUAGAUUUUAGAUUAGUUUAGCUUUGAAUCAAAGGUUUGUGCUGAAAUGAACCUUACUAUGUGUUACUUAGGUGCAUUUUGGCUUGAUAUGUGUUAACUUAUUGCUAGCUUAGAGUUUUUAAAUCAGACAAUACUUUAGGAAUGGGCAUUUUGAAUGUAUUUCUUUUCGUUAGAGUUACUUGUACUAAAAUAUGUCUAUGUAUUAUGUUUUUUGUAUAAAAGUUUGAAAUAUAUAUACAGAUAUUAUGUAUAAUAAGUACAUUUAAAUUAAAUCUAUAUUGUAACACACAUGAUUUACUAUUUUAACAUUUUAAGUUCCCGUAGCCAAAUUGGAAAUACGGAACUUUAAUAGAUUCCAAGAUAACAAAGGGUUUUUGUAUAACUCAACAAGAAAAAUAUAUUUACUGGUUAAUAAAGUGCAUUAUAUUUUAAAAUAUAAAGGGAUAAUAUUACCCACCUAUUUAUUAAACAGUUUAAAAUAAUAAAUAUCAACUAAAGUGACCUGACAAAUUGAAAAUAUAAAUUGUUAAAAUUAUAACAAGUUAAAUUUAAAGAAGUUUUACCUAAAUUAAAGUGUUACUCUGAGUUAUAUUGUAUAUAAGCUUUGUUGUGGGUAAAUUUAAAUUGAAACUGUAAAAAUACGCUUGAAACUUUCAGUUACGCUGCAGGCAGUGUUUAUCGAAUUAUUUUUGUAAGUGAGAGCUUGUUAGUUAAAAUAACGUCAAUUUUUUAUGAAAUUAUGCUGUAUAAAUAACACUUGCACUGAGUAUACUAUCAAAAUCGUUGCAGUAUUUUCUUGGUCUAACUCUACUUUUGUUACCUAAUCCAGCGUUUGAAUUUGUCACUUGUAAUGUUGUCAGGGUUCUUGUUUUAACGUUUGCCAAUGUUGCCAUGAAUUUAAAUUGAAAAUGUAAAGGCAUGUGGAUUUACUAACUUGUAUAUGACGGUUUUUCAACAUUUCGAGUAAAGCAAUGUCUUGCCGCAUCGAAAUUGGUCCUUCCGUUUGAGAGCUACAUGCCACAGGCAGACAGACAUUGGCGUCAAACAUACUUAUCACACCGUCUUUUUGCGUCGGGGGUUAAAACGGUCAUAUUCAAGCCAUCUUUUGUAUAUAAGCUUUCUUGUAUAUUGUGUGCAUUUUAUUUAUACUUUUGUAGUGAAAUAAAAUAUUACGAUUUUUUUUAAUACCGAGGUUAGGUGUAUUCGGAUAGUUCCAAGAAUGAACUUUAACAUGAUGGAAUUAUGAGUAAUUUUCGGAAUUAUCCGACGUAAUCAAGUAUGUAUUCGAAAUUACCCGAAUACACCUAAUACUGUGUACCUAAAAAGGAUUAUUAAAGUCGCAAUAUUAUAGGGGUGAAGGCUGUGCUUUGAAAUUGUUAAGUUAUUUAAAUGGUUUGAAAGCAUAAUUUUAAUUGACGAGUUGCACAAUUUUGUAUAAUGCAAAUUGUUCAUUUAUAUAUGAAAUGUUUUUAUUAGUUGCCCUAUUAGACUAAGAAUGCCGUACAGUCAGCAACAAAAGUUGCUCAGCGGGCGAGGUGUUCAAAAAUACCUUGACACGCUCUUAUUCUCUUAACAAUAAAGUCGGGUCAAGAUCAUUUUGAACACCUCGCCCGCUUAGCAACUUCUGCUGCUGACUGUACCAAUGUGGGAGUCCACUAUUGUCAUGUAGGUAUGUAAAAUCAAAGGGUUUUUGCAUGGUAUAAUAAUAUACUCCGCAUGGUACUCUCUUCCCGUCUUUUCGUGGUCACGUGACUGACACAAGCCUAUGUCAUCAUGCGACAGCGCUAUAUGAUAAUAUGCGAUAGCGCUAUAUAAAGUGGCAAUUUUAUCUUGAGGUAGGCUUGUGUUACUCUGGGAAGAGAAGACCAUGUUUUAUUAGACUAUGGGUUUUUGUCAGCCAAAUUCAGAUAUUGUUUUUUUUUUCAAAUAAUCAUGCAAUUCUUAAACAUAAAAGAAUAACGUCACUUACUCAAAAUCUCACUGAAAAAUCAACUAUAUGUUGCUCAAUAAAAGCAUUCCUUUGCUUUUUAUUCGUAUUUCAAUCGUGAGCUACUUGUGAUUGGCUAUUUUUAAUUAUUUGUUUUAAGUAUAAUUUGAACACCCUGAAUCUACAAAAAUACCUAUUGUAUGUUAAAACUAAAUUAUUGUGUCAAACACAUACAUCAUGUUGACCAAUAUGAUGGUUCGAAAUGAGCUUUCUGUAAUUGGUUAUCUACAAAGUUACAUGUUACGAAUUAUUGGCUAUGUACACGAUUGCAGCGCUCGGCUGGCACCUAUGGGGUGUAUUAAAUAUUUAGCAGUUAUUAAUGUCAAAUAAUAUUAAUAUUUGGGCCUACGAAUGUUCACCUUUUUAUCGCGCUGUGCGUUUGCCACAAAAAGCCAAUAGGAGUAAGGUGUAGGAAUCAUAAAAUAGUGUAAAAUAUGUGACCACUUCUCAAAUGUAGUGAAAUAACAAUCUUUGUUAUCGUUGAUUUGUGCGCAAAUAUUUAUUGUGUAAAUAAAAGCAAUUAUGAUUGGAAAA